AUGUUCAACACGGAGGUUAUUUACGUGAUCAUGAAGAUCAUUUGGUUACUAGCUUUCAUCUCAAACCUGUGGCUCCGGUCUCAUGCACAGCUAGUAGAAAAAAAUGAAUGUGCAACGAGUGUGCACGCUAUCAUAGCCAGGGGUCAGGGCGGGGGCGAUGAUCUCAAUGUGAUGAGCACGCUUUCGGACCUCAUUCUAGAGCAGAUCCCCGGUUCCACCACUCUUGGCUUACCUUACGAUCACGAAAAUGUAUUAACAGAUGAAGCAAAGCGUCUUACCGUUCAUGACUGUGCUGUUUUGAUGCAGGAGUUUGUGCGGGAGUACGUCGCCAGCUGCCCCAAAGCCAAGAUUGUCGUGGUGGGAUAUUCCAUGGGUGCAGUUGCCAUGAUGGAUGCUAUAUGUGGAACAAGCGAGAUUGGAUUCAUUGAUGUUGCCCCGCUUGAGCCAUUUUACACCAAGACGAUUGUAUCUGUGAUCGCAUAUGGAGAUGAGACAUAUGACCCUGGAAUGCCUUGGAAUGUGGGAAACUGCAUACUUGGUAUAGGACUUACCCCUCGAAUGAAUUCGGCAAUGUGUGCGCCAUAUGGUGACUCGAUCCAUAGCUACUGUGACUAUGGUGAUAACCAGUGCUGUUCGCCCUAUCCAGAGGAUGGUAACGCUGCCCACCACGGCUACGUGAAAAAAUACAAUCAAGAUGUGGUGGCUUUCAUUAAAAAACGUCUUGCUAUAGUUGGAGCGCAAUCACACGCACGCAAUUAG